AUCUCUCUCUCGCAGUGUUUCGCUAAACUGACAAUAAAAACAAUGCCCAGCAUUAAUAUCAACAGCAAGCACUAACAAACAACAACAGUGGCUGCAAUAAUAAAUGUACAAACGUUCACUCAACUAAGCCGAAAGUGCAACAGCAACAACAACAACAAAAACAACAGCAACAAUAGCAAGUUUUACAAUUGGCAACACUUUUACGACUUGCCAACGUAACUCUUUACAACGAAAUUUUCAUUAUUGCACAAGGCACUUGCAACAGCUGCUCCAUUAGUAUGCAAUGGGCGCAGCGAGAGAUGCAACGACGACGACGACGACGAAGCCGCUGUCGACGCUGGACAUAACCAGCGCAAACAGCGCGCAACAACUGACGCUGGCCACCAAGGUGCGCCGAAAAGCGUCGACGCGAAGUCGCAGACGUCUGCAUCCGCCUCUGCCGCUGGGCCAGCUGCUCUGGCUAUGGCUGCUCUGCUGGCUCAGCCAGCUGCGCGCCGAAUGUCCCGCGGUAUGCGAGUGCAAGUGGAAGAGCGGCAAGGAGUCGGUCUUGUGCCUUAAUGCCAAUCUCACACACAUACCCGCGCCCCUCGACGCCGGCACCCAGCUGCUCGAUCUCAGCGGCAACGAUAUACAGACCAUGCCCGACGACAGCUUCGCCGCCGCCCAGCUGCUCAAUCUGCAGAAGGUCUACCUAGCCCGCUGUCGACUGCGGCUCAUCGAGCGUCACGCGUUUCGCAAGCUCAUCAACCUAGUCGAGCUGGAUCUCAGCCACAAUCAGCUGGCGGCCAUACCCUCGCUAGCGCUCUUUCACGUCUCCGAGCUGCGUGAGCUGCGCCUCAGCGGCAACCCCAUAGUGCGUGUGCCCGACGACGCCUUUGCGCAUGUCGCGCAGCUGGUGCGCCUCGAGCUGAGCGACUGUCGCCUCGCUGCGGUGGCGGUGCGCGCCUUUGCCGGCCUGGAGAGCAGUCUGGAGUGGCUGAAGCUCGACGGCAAUCGCCUGAGCGAGGUCAGAUCGGGCACCAUUACCUCGCUGUCAUCGCUGCAUGGACUGGAGCUGGCACGCAAUGCCUGGAACUGCAGCUGCGCCCUGCGCCCGCUGCGCGCCUGGAUGCUGCAGCAGAAUAUACCCAGCACCAUACCGCCCAGCUGCGAGGCGCCGCCGCGUCUAGCGGGACGUGCCUGGGACAAGCUGGAUGUGGACGAUUUCGCCUGCGUGCCACAAAUUGUAGCCACCGACACCACAGCCCAUGGCGUCGAGGGACGCAAUGUGACCAUGAGCUGCUACGUCGAGGGCGUGCCGCAGCCCGCCGUGCGCUGGCUGCUCAAGAAUCGACUCAUAGCCAAUCUGAGUGCAGCCGCUGGCGGCGGCGGCGAUGAGUACGAUGAGCUGCCGCGCACGGCGGCCGCCACGCAAGGACGCAAGACCUAUGUCGUUAAUAUGCUGCGCAACGCCUCCAACCUCACCAUACUCACAGCGGAUAUGCAGGAUGCGGGCAUUUACACCUGCGCGGCGGAGAACAAGGCGGGCAAGGUGGAGGCGAGCGUUACUUUGGCGGUCUCGCGACGUCCGCCCGAGGCGCCGCUGGGCGUGCGCAUUAUACUGCUGGGCGUGCUGGCCGCCUUGCUGCUGGUGGUGGGCAGCUCCUUUGCCGCCAUUUGCCUCUGCUCGCUGCGGCGGCGACGCAAGCUGCGACUGUGGAACUCUGUGCCGCCCGUGCGGCGCAGCGAGAGCUAUGAAAAGAUUGAAAUGACGACAAGGUCGCGUCCCGAUUUGGGUGGUGGUGCCAGCUGUGGCGGUGGCAGCGCCACGGGUGCAGCGCUGUUUCAGGAUGCGGCUGAGGAGCAGCACAACUAUCUGCGGGCCGCCCACACGCCCUUGCAGGAUGAUGCGGGUCAGGUCAGCUGUCAGGUGGCGCUGCCUACUGUGAAUCCUAGCGCCGGCAAUGCGACAGCGCGACGCAAUGGCGAUUACCUGCAUGUAUCCACGCACUGUGAUGAUGACGAGGAGGAGGAGCAGCUGCCGCCCCGCCCAGCGGCGUUGCCCACAAGCCUUGCGAAUAAUUCGGAGGAAACGGAUCUGCAUAUACCGCGUCUGAUUGACAUCGGCGGCACUGACUCCGCCUCCAGCUCAAUAUCAAGCCAAGUAGACGCAGCCGCGCGUCUGGCAGGCUAUGCCAGUAACUGGAAGCCAACGCCCAUAGCGACAACAAAGAUCACCUCGCCGCACAGCAAGCCAGCGGCGAGUGCAUCCACGAGCACGCCGUUUGCGCACUACGGCAAUCCGACGCAGGAUGAGAUGGCCACGUCGGUGUUUUGCAGCAGCAACGGCGAUGGCCAGGAGCAGGAUCUCUUUGAUAGCAACUAUCCGGAUCUGCUGGACAUAGCCAAGUAUGCUGUGGCGCAGGCAGCGCAAGCCAACCACGCCUACCCGCCCAACAGCAGCAGCAAUGCCAACGGCGGGCUCUGCACGCUGCCGCGCAAGCUCAAGCAAAGCGGCAAGUACUUCAGGAACAGCUCGGACAGCCAGUCGCCGCUGCUGGCGGACAACAGCAGCAAAUACGGCAGCAGCACGCUGGGCGACAACAGUUUUCUCAACGAGGCCAUGGGCCUGGGCAGACGCUUCAGCGCGGAGUCCAGCUAUGCCAACUAUGCCAGCACCACGACCUACACGGGCGGCGGCCAGCGCGCGAACAGUUUCCUCAAUCUGGUGCAGAGUGGCGCCCACAAGGGCGGACUCUAUGCGCAGCAGCUGAGCGCCAAGCCCAGCCUGCCCUCCUCACCCGUGCAGCAUCAGCGCUCGCUUAGCAGCGCGGCGACGCCGCUGCUGGACUUUGCGGCGCUAACAAACCGAGCAGCGGGUGCCACCAACUCGUCGGUGGCCGCCUAUGACUAUCAUGCAGCGCAGCUAGAACGUUUUCUGGAGGAGUAUCGCAAUCUGCAGGAUCAGCUGUGCAAGAUGAAGGAGACCUGCGAUACCAUACGCAAAAAGGAGACGCCGCUGCGCGCGCCGCUGGGUCCGGGCUCGGCGGCACAGCUGGCGGAUCCUGUGAUGUAUAGCGCAGCAACAGCGGCGCACAGUCCAAAGCCGCCGGCGUCCACACUCAAGGCGAAGACGUUGCUGCCGGGACAGCCGCCGGAUCCGCCACCCUAUUGGCUGCAUCGCAAUGCGAUGCUGAAGCGUCUGAAUGCGGAGGCCAAUGGCGGCGCCAGCUCGCCGCAGCCCAGCCAGGAUAUCUUCAAGAGCUAAGGAAACUUUCCUCAUUUCUUUUUGCAUUUUGCGCUAGUUAGUUAGUUAGUGUUCCACUUCAAGGAUGCACUGUUGUAUUAUAGACACACACACACACACAGAUACACACACAUACAGACACUUACAGACACACACACUUUUCCACUCUUUCUACUCGCUAUGCAAAUUAAUCAAUACAGUCGCCAUUGUAAGUGUAUAGACAGUCCAGUCCAGUGUCCCAACCUCUAAUCCUCAAUGUGUCCCAAUUAUCCUUUUAAGCAAACUCUCGUGUUAGUCAGACUAAAUGAAAAACAGAAUACAAAUAAAUUCGUGUUUAUUGUAAUUUAAGCGAUCUCAUUAUUAAACUUGAAGCAUGCAAUACGUACUAAGUCGAAUUUGAGUUUGAGGCAACGACUGCUGCGGGCAUUGAUGGAUUGAUUCAAAUAUUGUUUGUUCGUUUGGAUAAGUUUCCUUUACUAUGCAAUCCAAUCAAAGUUAAAUGCAAGCCAACACUCAAAUUCACAGACAAAACGAAGACAAAGAAUUGUAAUUAACAACAACAACAACAACAAAAACAACAAUUAUAUAUAUUUUAUGGUGUCACUAAACUAAAACUCAAACGACAUUUCGCACCGUCGAGUGCAGCGUAAAAACGUAAACGUAAAAAUAAAU